AUGACGACACAAGCGGCAGCAGCACCUGAGUUAUAUGGACUGCCAAAGAUACACAAAGACGGAAUACCACUUCGACCGAUAUCUGCAUCCAUGAAGUUACCGUGUUACAGUCUUUCGAAGUAUAUUGGAACAAUUUUGAGGAAUAUUGUGUCGCCCAAAUACAAUAUACAGAAUUCAGUAGAAUUGAAACGAAAACUGGAGAGCGUCUCAUUGGAAAAUGACGAUAUUAUGGUCUCUUUCGACGUGGUAUCAUUAUUCACUAAUAUACCGAUUCACUUGGCUAUAAGGAAUAUACUUGACAAAUGGAAAACACUUAAGGAACACACGGCAAUACCAAGGCAAACAUUUUUGGAAAUUCUUCAGUUUUGUUUAACUGAUAAUAACUAUCUCACUUUUGACAAUAAAUUUUACCAUCAAACAUAUGGUAUGCCAAUGGGAAACCCCCUAUCGCCAACAAUUGCAAAUAUUGUACUUGACACACUACUGGACGAUGUAAUUGACGAAUUAAGGGCUGAUAAUAUAGAGAUUAAGUUUAUCACUAAGUAUGUGGAUGACUUGUUUGCGAUUAUAAGGAAAUCGGACGAAGAGAAGAUAUUAGGAACGAUGAACGUUUAUCACAAUAGGAUACAAUUUACAAUGGGACGCGGGAGGAAUAUGUCAAUACCGUAUCUGGACAUCAAUAUCAUCAAGGAUAAUGGAAGAAUAAGGACAAAUUGGUACACGAAACCCACAUCUUCAGGUAGAAUGGUUAACUUCAACUCUACACAACCAUUGAAAAUGAAGAUAAGUACAGCGACGAAUUUAAUAAGGAAAGUAUUACGGAGUGAUAAUGUGGUCUAUGAGGUAAAAUGUGACGGUAAUGAAAGGGAGAGAUGUAACUUGGUUUACAUUGGUACGACAAAGGGAAUGUUGGGGACGAGAGUUAAUGAACACGAGACGGAUAUUGAAAAGGGAAAAAUAACGACGGCAUUAUCUCUGCACGUAAAGGAGUGCAAUCAUAAGAUGGAUUUUGACAAUAUUAAGAUAUUGGACAGAGAACAAAAAGAGAACAAACGAUACACUCUUGAAGGCUUAAGAAUACAACAAAAAAUACACAAUACAAUGGACACGAGAGAGGACAAGGAUAACACAAAACUGCAAUAUUCCGCUGCAAUAUUUAAUUAUUAA